UGCGAAGAUUUUCAGUGUUCGAAUCGUUUCGAUGGAUUACUAUAUGGCGCCUCCGAUUCCAGACCUCGACAUUUGUUACAGUAGCUUUCAAGGUAAUGAGAGCAACCUCCAAACGACGUCGUUUGAAUUGCUUUGGUUUUUGCAGAGUUGGAGUUGGAGUCUACUUGGUUGGUGAGGAAAAGGAAAUGGAGGGUUGAAUUUGAGAAAUCAAGGGCUGAGGGUCAAUCAAAUUUGAGUGAUAGAGCAGUUUGGCAUUGAUGUUUGAAGUUUUAAUUUCUCGUGUUUUGCUUAGUUAUGUUGGAAAUCGAAGCGAGGGUUAGGGUUUUUGUUGAAUAUUUAUCUAUUCGAAUUGUGUUUUUUGGUAGUGGAGUUCGACGAGUUCUUUGUUUGGGUCUGUUUCGUUGAUGGAAAAAAGGAGGGAAAAUAACAGGAGAAUGAGGAUUUGUAUUUGAGUGAGCAGGAGCUCAAAUAAUUAUAAUAAAAAAAAUUGAGUGUUACAAGAGUUUGGCAUCGGUAUUUAUAGUGUUGUUUUCUUUCAUUUUGCUUAGGCCUUCUCGGCAACCAAACGGAGGGUUUGGGUUUUAUUUUGAUCCCCAUGUCUCUGGAUUGUACUUUUGGUAGUAGAGUCUAAUGAGUUCUUCGUUGUUUGGUUGCCGAGAAAAAGGAGUUAAAAGAAAAAAUAUGGAAGUUUUGAGUUUGAGAGAUCAAAGGCCUGAACUAAUCAACUUUGAUUAAUAGAACAGUUUGGGAUUGAAGUAAGAGUCAGAAUGUUGGGUUUUGAGAAAUCACAGGCCUCAACGCGUUAAAUUGCAGCAGUAGAACAUUUUAGUCUACAUAAGUGCGAGAACCUUGGUUCUUUUAUUUUGUCUCAGCUGUCUGCAAAACUGCAACCAAACACCUGGUGGUAUGGUGAAGGAAGUUCCUGUAAUAAGGAUUUAUGGCUCUACUCCUGUGGGCCAGAAGACUUGCUUGCAUGUUCAUCGAGCUUUGCCCUAUUUGUAUGUGCCAUGCACGGAUCUAAUGCCUCAGUCACCCCAAGAAGCUGAUACAUACACACAUGCUGUAUCUCUUGGUGUUGAGAAAGCCUUGAAGCUUAAAGGUAAUGCUGGUUCAAAACGACAACAUGUGCAUGGCUGCAGCCUUGUUCGGGCAAAAAACUUUUAUGGUUACCAUUCGUCAGAGGAGCUAUUUGUGAAAAUAUAUCUCUACCAUCCGCAUGAUGUCUCUCGUGCUGCUAAUCUUCUUCUGGGAGGUUCAGUUCUUGAUAAAAGUUUACAGCCCCAUGAAUCACAUAUUCCCUUUCUUCUCCAAUUUCUGAUUGACUACAACUUGUAUGGGAUGGGUCAUCUACAUCUAUCGAAGAUGAAAUUUCGUCAUCCAGUACCUGAUGUUUUCUCCUCAAGGAAAGUUAAUUAUAAUGGCCAACAAAAACCGGAGCCAGAUGACUUUGCUUGCAUAUCUGCUCAUUUGCAGGCAGAUUCAAGUGGUGACACAUGUUUAAGUUCACCAGUUUGGAUAUCUUCCACAAUUCCAGGUGGUUGGAUGUGGCAAUUUUCUAGUCAACUAGAUGCUUCACCAGGUCAGGGCAUUUGCAGCCCUAAGCGUCAAAGUACCUGUGAGCUUGAGGGAGAUGCUAUUGUAGAAGAGAUUCUUAAUCAGCAGUUUAAAUUGUACUCAUCCCUUUCACAAACCCAUUCAGAUGUGAAAAUGGUCCGGUCACUGAUACCAAUUUGGGAGGAGGAGUUUGAAAGGACUGGAAUGCAUGAGGUGGCAAUGCCUCCUGAUCCUGGCAAACCACUGCCAGAAGAUGUUUUGAGAAGUCUCUCACAUGGGCUUGAAUUUGAGAACAAACUUGGAGAGUUGUGUAAUCAAGCAGGUGACUCUUUGGCUUUUACUCCAUUGGAGAAAGAUGAGAGGUUUAUGCAGUCAAUAACAUCUUCAGCUGAUGAGAGAAAUUUAGUUGGAGAUGUACUUGUUAGCCCUAAUGACAAUGAUGGAGAGCCUUCAAAGUGUUUCAAAGAUCAAAAUAAGAACAUUUCUCCAGUAUCACAAGGUUCAUUGUGUGAAGAAGAUGAUGAUGCAAUACCCAGUGAAGGCAGGGGUAUGUGUCUACAACAAUUGUCGGUUGACGAAAGGCAAAGAUCUGAAAAUAUUGGACCAUCAGGUCUGAAGGUUGCAGAUAAUGAAGCCCUGGGGCUACUAAGCUGGCUUGCCUCUUCUCAGGCUGCAGAAGAUAUAAACUCUGACGAUGAACUUGUUUGUCAGACCAUUCUGAGUCCAUUGUUGCCCACAGUAACUAUUGAUAAGGUGUUGGAGAAAGCCAAUAUGGAUUAUGAGAAUGAAUCCCAACAAGAGUGUCAGGACAUUCUUGAUUCAGUUGAGGAUUUAGCUGACUUUAAGGGUCUAAAGGAGAGAGCCUCUUGUUCCACAGAUCAUAGCCAUUCACCUCAAACUUCAUUAGAGAAAAUGAUCCCCCAAGUGGAUGGUUCUGGUGAUGAUCCUAAUGAUUGUUCAGGUAAUUCAUCUGAAACAGAGAUGAAAAGUGAGACUAAGAGGUUUUCUCAGCACCAGGUCCUUCAAGAUACUGGUGCAAGUUUCUCUAAUAAGCAUAGAAGGAACCAGUCUUUAUGGGGCUCUUUACCUUUAAUAACAACUCAAAAGGUGAAUGAUAACUUAAAAUCUGUCAGUUUGAACAUGGCCAAGAAAGAUGCCAGUGAAGUUAAAGACGGUGCAGAUAAAAGUUUCUUGGCCAGAAAUGAGGAAGAAAAAUGUUGUGAGGCUUUAUGCAAUGUGAGAACAGAUGUCAAUGAUUUAAAAGAAACAAGUACUUUAGUUGGAUGCUCUAUGCGGGACUUGAUGAGGAGAAAAAGAUGCCACCGGGUUGAGCCAUCUGAAUGUGUGAUUCAUACUAAAAAGGUUCUUUCAGAAAAGGAACUGAAAGAUGUUUCAUUUCUUCACCCAAAACAGUUUCAUGCAUUGCAGGACAAUGGGCAUCACAUGAGGCCUUCUCAGUCUCCCAACUUCUGGCCUUCAUCUACCCAUCAGCAAAUGGAUUUUCAAGAGGCUUGUGAUUUUAACUCUGACUAUUCUGCCUGUUCUAUGUAUGGUAAACUACCUAGUUUUUCCAGCACUGAUGGCUCAUUGCUCAUCAAUAUAUUGAAGGAUGUACAAUUUGAUCAUUGCGGGAGACGGGAUGAUGAGGUUGGCACAGAAGUAACUGCUGGAUCCAGAAACUUCACUAUUACAGGCCACUCUCAAAUGAACACUGGUACAAAAGAAUCACUGCAGCCUUUUAACACUGAGGUGCGAGAUUCUGCAGCUUCCAUGGUCGAUUUUGAAUUUUCUAAUCGCAAAGAGUAUGCUUGCAAACCUGAUCCUUCAACUGAUGUUCAGUUUUUGAAGUUUGAUACUGGUGAUAAACAUUUUGUUGAUGAGAGAUUGAAGCAAACUAAAGCAUCUGCUUCAAGCUGUUUGUCAAAUUCACCUUUUGAACAUGAAAUGGUAUGUCGAGAUGGGUACACUUGCAAAAGUGGCCGUGACUGCAGGACCUCCAUUGAGUGUUUGCCUGAAAUAUCUUCUGAGAAUCUUGAAGGUUGGGAUGGUGCUACUGGCACAACACUUUCACAAUUUAAGAAUUGUGGUGGUGGAGAUUGGGGAAAUGAUGCUGGCUUGUCUGGGACUCACAAUUUAGUAUCCACAGUUGUCAACAUGGAAGCAAAACCUGUGGAACUUAUUGGCAUGACCUUCCACCAGAAGCCUCCCACUGUAGACUGGACGGAUGGGACUUUUGAUAAUGCCUCGUUGUCACCUGCUAUCCCCAAUUGCUCUUCUCUUGAGAAUGAGGAAAGUUGUAAAGGGAAAUCAGUUCAAGGCACAAUUCUGGAUGAAUUCAUCCCAUUUUUUGUGGGGGACUGCCAGGAAGAGAAAAAAGUUUGGAACAAGUGCUAUAAUGACUUAAAUAAUCACCAAGAAGUUGGCAUGGGUGUGCCUACCCACUAUCAAAAUGAUGGCUCAUUCUUGUACUUGUUGACACCAGUAUUUUCACCUCCAUCUGCAGAUUGUGUUCAUAGAUGGCUGUUGCAUGAUGACACAGAUACCUCUGCUGAGCCUUUGCCUGUGGGGUCUGUGUCUCAUGUGAAACCUGUCCUGGAUCGACAGAAUCAUGAAAUUCAUGACAACCUCAAUGCAAAAAAGAAUGCUUUUCAUGAUGAGGUGCCAGAAAAAACACAGGUCAAAGGGAAUAUUAUGAAAGUAAAAAAAUGCACUAAUUGCUCACAGGAUAUCUCUCAGAUUUCAGGCCCAGAGGAGAAAUCAAAACCUACUCCUCUUAGUCAAAUUGGAUUUCGGGACCCGGCAAGUGUUGGUGGGGGACAGCAAGUAACAUUGUUAAGCAUAGAGAUUCAAGCAGAAUCUAGAGGAGAUCUCCGACCUGACCCUCGAUAUGAUGCCAUCAAUGUGAUUGUUCUUGUGAUUCAGGAAGAUGAUGAUUCUGCUCUUGAAGUUUUUGUGCUUUGUCGAAGUAAUAUUGAACCUUGUCAGAGAAAACUUGACGGAAUAUCUGGUUGCAAGGUGUUGGUUUCCUCUGAAGAGAAAUUCUUAUUUGACAACUUUAUUAAUAUUAUAUGUUCAUUUGAUCCAGAUAUUUUGAUUGGCUGGGAUAUUCAAGGUGGUUCCCUUGGUUUCUUGGCUGAAAGGGCUUCACAUCUUGGUAUAGGUUUACUUAAUAAAAUAUCUAGGACACCAUCUGAAACCAAGACAGCUUCUAGAAAUUUUGAAAUUCCUGAGAAAAGAGUAGCUGAUGAAAUGCUUCCUGAAAAUUUGGUUGAUGAUUCGGUUUUACUUGAAGAGGCAAUUAUUGAGGAUGAAUGGGGUCGGACUCAUGCAAGUGGUGUCCAUGUCGGUGGUAGAAUUGUCCUUAAUGUUUGGCGACUGAUGCGUGGUGAAAUUAAACUUAAUAUGUACACUGCUGAAUCUGUAGCAGAAGCUGUUUUGAGGCAAAAAAUUCCAUCAAUUCGUAAUAGAGUAUUGACUAAGUGGUUUUCAAGUGGUCCUGGAAGGGCAAGAUAUCGUAGUAUUGAAUAUGUCAUACGGAGAGCAAAGCUGAAUUUUGAGAUAAUGAACCAACUUGACAUGAUAAACCGGACAUCGGAGCUUGCUCGUGUGUUUGGAAUUGAUUUUUUUUCUGUUCUCUCCCGAGGUUCGCAGUACCGUGUUGAAUCAAUGUUUCUAAGACUGGCACAUACUCAGAACUUCCUUGCGAUUUCUCCUGGGCCCCAACAGGUUGCUACUCAACCUGCUAUGGAGUGCCUGCCUCUUGUAAUGGAGCCAGAAUCUGGUUUUUAUGCCGAUCCAGUAGUGGUUUUGGAUUUUCAGUCUCUUUAUCCAUCUAUGAUAAUUGCAUACAACCUCUGCUAUUCUACAUGCCUUGGAAAAGUUGCACCUUCAAAGGCAGAUGUACUUGGUGUUAGCAUAUAUUCACCAGAUCCGCAUGCUUUACAUGAUUUAAAAGAUCAAAUACUGCUCACUCCAAAUGGUGUUAUGUAUGUGCCUUCAAAGGCACGUAAAGGCGUGCUGCCUCGUUUGUUGGAAGAAAUAUUGUCAACUAGAAUAAUGGUGAAAAAAGCAAUGAAGAAGUUGGUUCCUUCCCAGCAGGUUCUUCAAAGGAUAUUUAAUGCAAGACAGCUUGCUUUGAAGCUGAUAGCAAAUGUAACAUAUGGUUAUACAGCUGCUGGAUAUAGUGGUCGUAUGCCUUGUGCAGAGCUUGCAGACAGCAUUGUUCAAUGUGGCCGUAGGACACUGGAAAAUGCUAUUUCACUUGUAAAUACACAUGAUAAAUGGAAAGCUAAAGUUAUUUAUGGUGAUACUGACAGCAUGUUUGUCCUCCUUAAAGGCCGCACUGUCAAAGAAUCUUUCCAAAUUGGACAUGAGAUUGCGUCUGCAGUAACUGCAAUGAACCCUAAUCCAGUUACAUUGAAAAUGGAGAAAGUCUAUCAUCCUUGCUUCCUUCUUACCAAGAAACGUUACGUUGGUUACAGUUAUGAGAGCCCUGAUCAAAUUGAACCCACCUUUGAUGCUAAAGGUAUUGAGACAGUACGUAGAGACACAUGUGGCGCUGUUGCUAAGACAAUGGAGCAAUCCCUGAUACUUUUUUUUGAACAUCAAGACAUUUCCAAGGUUAAAGUAUACUUGCAGAGACAGUGGAAAAGGAUUCUAUCUGGUAGGGUGUCUCUUCAGGAUUUUGUUUUUGCAAAGGAGGUUCGCUUAGGUACAUACAGUUCGAGAGCUUCAUCACUCCCACCGGCGGCAAUUGUGGCCACUAAAGCAAUGAGAGGCGAUCCCAGGGCUGAACCAUGCUAUGCGGAGAGAGUACCUUAUGUUGUAAUCCACGGGGAGCCUGGAGCUCGCCUGGUUGAUUUGGUUGUGGAUCCACUGGAUCUUUUGGCAAUCGAUUCUCCCUACAGAUUAAAUGAUCAAUACUACAUCAACAAGCAGAUAAUACCAGCUUUGCAAAGGGUAUUUGGACUUGUUGGAGCUGAUUUGUACCAGUGGUUUUCAGAGAUGCCUCGCCCAGUUAGGGAAGCUUAUGCUAAACACAAGUCUCAUGCUCCAAAUCCAUACCGGACCAGAAUUGAUUUUUACUAUCUCUCAAAACACUGUAUCCUAUGUGGUGAGCUUUCCCCGGCAUCAGCCCAUAUAUGCGAUAAAUGUUCUAAAGAUGGAACUGCUGUUGCUGCAGCUGUGAUUGGAAGAACUGCAAAAUUAGAGAGAGAUAUUCAACACCUUGCAGCUAUAUGCCGACAUUGCGGAGGUGGAGAUUGGAUCGUGGAAAGCGGGGUGAAGUGCACAUCACUUGCCUGCUCAGUGUUCUAUGAGAGACGGAAAGUUCAGAAAGACCUGCAGGGUCUGUCUUCUGUUGCUACAGAAGCAGGCUUUUACCCCAAGUGUAUGGUUGAGUGGUUCUGAUUAGUGAUUAUCAUCUUCUCUUGCUUGAACCCCAGUGGGGAAUUAAAAUAAACACCAGAUUCAUGCUGGAACUCAGAAGAAGGUCAGCCUCCUGAUUUUAGGACUAACCAAGCAAAAGACAUCAUCCUUUUUCCUAUUUUUGUUGUAUAUUAUUCUCAGAAUAUUAGAAUCGAUAGAUUACAUGUACAGGUUUGUGAUGGUGAACCAAUAAUAUUUGAUUGUUCUAUCCAAUGAAAGUAUACAAUGAAAUCUAGUUCAUUGGUGCA